UUGAAUUGGAUAGCCACCUACAAUCUAGUGAAAAGAAGAGUCGAAAGGGGGACUCUGGGGACGAAUUUGUCGAGGGUCAUGGCUCAACAGACAAACCAGACCCAAGCGCCUCUGCUGUGUGUCACUGGGUGUGGAUUCUAUGGGAACCCUGGCACAAACGGGAUGUGUUCUGUCUGCUAUAAAGACUUCUUACAGAGACAGAACAACAAUGGCAGAGUCACGCCUGCAGUGUCCAGCAGCUUCAGCAGUAGAGGCACGUCUCUGGCCUCCCAGCGCUCAGAGACCAGCCUGGCCGAGGUUCUGCCAGCAAUACCCCGGGCCACCACACCCCUGGAACAGAGCAGUGUUGCAUCCAGCCAGAAGAUCUUAACGCAAGCUUCACGAACACAUUCUGAAGAGGAUGAUUCGACGGGGGACAAGGUUGGACUGAAAAAGGAAGAAUUGCAGGUUUCAGUGUCAGAACAUUCAGAGCGGGCUCCGGUAGGAGGACCAGACCAGUCUCCUGAGAAACCCAAACCCAAGAAGAAUCGCUGCUUCAUGUGCCGGAAAAAAGUGGGCCUGACAGGCUUUGACUGCAGAUGUGGGAGUGUGUUCUGUGGCAUUCACCGAUACUCCGAUGUUCACAGCUGCUCGUUUGACUACAGGGCCGACGCCGCCGAGAAGAUCAGGAAAGAAAACCCAGUAGUUGUCGGAGAAAAAAUCCAGAAGAUCUGAAACCCACCGUUUGAAUGUUUUAGUUUUUUUGAUUUUAUUUCUUUUUUUUUUUUUUCAGAAAAGCUGAAGGUUAAAAUUUAAUACCCUCACUCUUUUUCUUAAAAUUAAGUACCUUCUGGGAAUUCUAGGGAAUAUGCUUAAACUAAAUCAUGUAUGACACCAGAAAAAGCAUCUUUGACGAUUAUUUAGUGUUUACUUUGCAAUCAUAUGAGUUUAUUCCCUUCUAAAUGUUGUGGAUUGUGAAUUUGAAAGAGACAAUAUAGGCUUUUAUAUUAUUUUAUGUCAUUUAGGUUUUUUUAAUAUACAUUAUAUCAUUAUAAUUAGGUGAGGUUGUUGGAGGGGGGAGACUUCUUUUGUCUGAAUUUGCAUGUUGGACCCUUGAGGUUUUUCCCUCCUUUGUACUGUAUGUAGUUUUGUCUAAUAAUUGAAUGUACUCUAAAAUAUUGCUGAUUUGUUCCACAUUUAACUGCAAAAAAGUUUUAACAUUAGCAUAUUUGCUUCAGAAAUAUUUUUGGUAAUGUUUUUGUCGUGAUUCACUUUGGACUGUGUGGUGUUGCAGCAUAACUAUGUGAGGGAGAGAGAAUGUGUUGAGUGUUUUUUUUUUUUGAGUGGAAUAGCUUGUUGGCACUUUGCUGCCUAUGUGUGUGAGAGUUUGUUUCCUUUAUAAUUGUACAAAUUAAGUAUGACCUGGGAUAAUUGUGUUGUAUUUAUGUGACUAUUCACUGUCUUCUCUUUCGUCUUAAUAAAAAAUAAUGCAGAUUUUCAUUA